AUGGCCAGCCACGGGAUGCCCUCAUACUUCUGCCCUGCGACGAAAAUGGGCACUGGGGCGAGGAAAGAAGCUCCAGAAGCUAUAUUGAGGUCUUCACCACACAGUCAGUUCGCAGCUGACCCUUUCUCUUUGGAGAUGCUGCCUCGUAGCCUGCGCCGCGUAAUCGCUGACUCCAGCGUUAGUCCCCAAUCACCGUGGCCUUGGAUAUCAAGACCACGAAAAACUGAGUCAUACGCUCUGUCGAACGACUGCGUAAGGCUGGCGCGCUCCUGGUUAGACCAGUGCCUAUCCUCACACUCCAAGUGUCCGAAACCCAAUUCCCUCCCCAGUAAUUGGCUUCCGACUCGCCUCAUCGAUGUUGGCGACGACCAGACAGCACCGAAGCUACUAAAAGCGUCUUUCAUGGCUGAAAAUUCCACUGGACAUGAAUAUGUGGCUCUUAGUCACUGCUGGGGUAAGGAGCAGCCACUGAGGCUGCUGCGGGCUAACAUGCCUGAAUUUGAACGGGCUAUCGCGCCGGGCCUAUUGCCUCAGACCUUCCUGGAUGUCAUCGAUUUCGUACGGAGGCUGGGAAUGCGGUACGUAUGGAUCGACUCUCUGUGCAUCAUCCAGGACUCGCCCAGGGACUGGGCGAAGGAGGCCACGCUCAUGGGGGACGUUUACCAGAACGCCGUGAUCACCAUUGUUGCAGACGCUGGGAAGGACGCAUUUGCGGGUCUAUCGUCGUCGGAGAGGAGGUCUGACUGGUGCCAGCGUGAACUGCUCGUUGGCGGAUCCCAGCACUUCGCACGGCGCUUCUCGCACCCGAUGUACAACAAUGAGAAGAUGGACAACCAUCUGGCCACACACGGUCCGUCCGGUGACGACACAACAUGGGUGGAACGUAGGGCAUGGACCUACCAAGAACGCCUUCUGUCGGCCCGUAAGCUAUAUUUUGGCGCUUAUGAACUGGGCUGGGAGUGCAUUGAGACGAGAGAUUGCGAGUGUGCCAAAGAAUUCUCAGAAUCAUAUGAAUCCAGCGGCAACGCUGUACAAAGAAGGGCCCUGAAUUUUGGGGCCGGACUACUCUCGGAUGACCCAGUAUCCCAUUGGAAAGAGCUAGUCGAGAAUUUCACUACCAGAGACAUGUCCUUUAAAUCCGACAUCUUGCCAGCCGUCGCCGGGCUCGCAUCAGUCAUCGGCCGAAAGUAUGGUUUAACGUACCUCGCCGGCAUGUGGGAGGAGAAACUCAGUUCAAUGCUCCUGUGGGCCGUCCAGCCCCCAAGCUCGCAAGGGGGGCAUGAGGUAUACUACGCACCCUCCUGGAGCUGGGCUUCCAAGGUGCAGAUGGGUCUCCAUCUGGAGCAGCGGCACGGCUUCAACAUCGAGUUCAUGCCCGAAUUUGACGAAGACUACAAAUUAUUCAGCGUGCCUGGGUUUGAGGUUCUCGAAGCACAAUGUACCUACCCCGAAGGAAAUCCCUUACUUCCACCACUGAGCGGACACAUUGUCGUCGUAGGGCCUAUAGCGAGACUACAGCACAUACCGGGGUGCACAUCAGAUGCUGAAGAUCCUUUCACAUUUCCAGGCCCAGAAAUGUGCGUCAGACACUUUUGGGCGGACAUUCCCGGGGAGAAUCGAGUCGCGGUACUGGAAGAUCAUGGCCUCGAUACAUCGUACUUGUUUCUGCCUAUACAGGGCUCUAUCGUCACGAGGUUAGCAGUAUAUCCCGUGCAGGAAGUUCUCUUACUCCUUGGUCUGGCGAUUCGGGCCUCAAAAAGAGUACCUGGUGCCUUUGAGAGAGUUGGCUACAUGGAAUGUCUUUGUGACAAAGACGUCAUGGCGAAUGCACCCGCAUAUAUCGAAACCAGGCGACAAGUGAAGCUUGUGUGA